AGGAAGCGAUCGUACCAAAGGAAGAACCCUUCCAACAUGACCGCACUCCAUGCAAACGAGACCAGGACGGCGACACUCCCCUAACUGCCAGCAUAAAAGACGGUAACGACUGCCUCAUUUACCGACCCGACGCCAAGGUGGCCCUAAUCACCUCCUAUUUCCGGACAAACGAACAAGGGCGCCAAAGAGAGCUCGAUGAAUCUUUAGCCAGUAUCUCCUCCAACCCAAUUUUUGACCAAGUUCACGUCAUGGUCGAAAAGAAACACCAGCCCUUACCGUCCUUUGCUGAGCUGGCACCCCACGUACGACAAUCCGUGAUCCCAAAACGACCAUUCAUGGGCGACUUUAUCCAGUAUGCAUGCGACCACCUCAUGGACUAUCGGGUCAUGUUCUCAAACGCCGAUAUCCUCUUUGACUCCUCGAUCGGCUAUUUCACCAUGAUGUCCGACAAGGUCUUCGAUUCGACCUUUUAUGCGAUCACACGCUGGUAUAAGCAUGAGACUGAGGGCAUGACACCGAACCCGUUUCAAUGGGGUGGAAGCUACGAUACCUUUGUGUUCAAGCCCAGGAGCAUCUGUACGAACCAAACGGCGCUCCAGGACUUGGUCUCGAAUCUGGAUUUUCACCUGGGCGUCAUGGGGAUGGAGAACAGGCUCCUGUGGGAGGUUAGGCGACAGUACCCGGAGAUGAGGCUGAUCAAUCCUUUAUGGCAGGUCAAGACCGUCCAUAACCACGCUAGUCCUGAGCGAUCGGCAGAGUGGGCGAAGAGAGUCGAUUCUGGAGGAAAGAGUAUCGUUAUUUCUUGGGAAUACAUGGUUUGAUAACCUCCUAUCCCCCCAUCUCCACCCAUCCUUCCUACCUUAACCUCUCACUAUGUUAGACUAUUUACUUCCUCUUAUAUACAAUAAUACUGCACGCAUAUAACAAUGCAUCGAAAGCAUCUGGGAAGGUUCUGGGUUCUGUUCUGAAAGUACGCAGGCUUCAGAGACACCUGAAAUUAAGUUCACACGCACCUGGUAGGUAGUCCAUCUUCGGUACCUCCCGGCACCUCCCUCCCCC